UGACGAUGAUAAGGUAAGUAACGUGGGGCUCUUAAAUUCGGGAUUAAAGUUAAGAAAGACAGAUGGUGUUGUGGUCAAAGUUAAGGAGGAGUUAACAAUCAGAUUGUAUGGCCACGUACAGGCCAAAUGGUCUGAUCGAUCGAAGCGUGUCUACGUCAAGGACCGGAGCGCCGAGCACAAACUCUUCCGAGCCUUGGUAUUAAAUUUGUCUGUCUACUUUUGUUUUAAGAAAUUAACUUGUUUUAUGUUGAAUUGAUAGGAUCACGAUUGCACGGUGGAGUUCUUUUGGAGUCCGUUCCAGGUGGAGCUGAAGGAGAGGGAGGGAGACCGUGCCAAGAUCCUGUAUCUCGACAAUCUCUCCGCCAGCGCUCGCUUCUGGCGAGGUGCCGACGUCAUGGUCUUCAACACCGGCCACUGGUGGACGCACCAUGGCAAAAUGAGGGCCUGGGACUACUUCCAGCUCAGAGAAGAACUCACGGAGGAGAUGGAACCCGCCGAGGCUUUCAACAAAGCCCUUAGACCUUGGGCUCGCUGGGUCGACCGCAACGUCGACCCUUGCCGGACCGACGUCUUCUUCCACAGCAUCUCGCCAGAGCACAAGAGGGAGAAUUUACAAUGGUGCUACAACCAAACUAGACCCUUCUCCGACAACGAGGGAUAUCUGCAGCUGUUUCCCAAGUCGAUGGUGAAGCUAGUAGAGAGGACCCACCUGAAGAUGAGGGCGCCGGUGCGUUAUCUCAACGUGACGAAGCUGUCAGAGUUCAGGCGGGACGCCCACACGGGCGUGUACACUAAACGGCAGGGGAAGUUCCUGACGCCAGAGCAGAGGAAGUAACCGAAGAGGUUUGCCGACUGCAGCCACUGGUGCUUGCCCGGAUUGCCCGACACUUGGAACGAACUCCUCUUUGCCUCCCUCCUGGAAACCAGCUUCCCUGCUUCAUGAACAGAGGCUGGUGGAUCACAAUCCUCGACGGUGUGACUCAAGAUUCUAAUGGCGCUUAUAUAUUAUUUUUGAAUCUAAUUAGCAGCAAUAGUUGAAUAUCAGUCGACGUAGGUAUGCAAAUUGACUUCUUGUAGAUUUCAUGCAAGAAGAGGCAGCUGUGACCUGUGUAUUUGAGGCGUAGCAGAAUGCUGCAUCAUAUCCUUGUUACGUGCUCACUCAACCACAGAAUUCAACAGUUUUUUCUUUCAAAAAACAAAAAAGAAAAGAAAAAACAAAGAUAAAUCAUGUUAUUGGAAACGAAGUAGAGGCCAGUAUCACCUGCAUCUUUUCUUGUCGAAUUACAAGAUCAAACAAGAGAAUGUUCUCUUUAGAUGUAUUACACAUGUGGUGGCGUAACUUGCCUCGUUCCAAAAGCCAUAGUUAUCUCAAUCAUGCAAUGGCUUUAUAAAUUUUAAGUACAAGUAUUAGGUAAUAUAUGGAAUGAGAUCAAGUGCACAGAUCACACAACGCAGGAUAUCUACGUCCUUGAAACAUUUGU